AAUGCCGUCUUGACCCUUUUUUUCACAGAAAAUCGAAUCAGAUUCCUUCUGUUGUCCCUCUCUGUUCACUGUUUUUUCUUGUUUUUUGGUUUGAUCGAUUGAUGUCUUGUUGUGGGACAUGAUCAUAAUCCUAUGAUUUAUGUGGAACCAGAUUCUUGAUUUAAGGUUUGUGGAUUGGAAGUUGAUGAGUUAAAGAUGGGAUUUUUGGCUUCUCAAAUAUUGCCCCAAAGGUCAAAACCUUAACUUGGUAUGCUCUUAUAUUAUUUCAGAAACCAGAUUCUUGAUUUGGGUUUUUGGCUGACUUAUAGUGAGAAUCAAGAAAUUGUCUCUGGUAGAGUUAUCAUUUGCUAGUUUAGUUAAAAGGGUUUCUGGAUAUUACAUUUUUGGUUGAUAAUCUGGGGUUUGAUUAGCUUAUGAAUGAAUAUUUUACACCACAUGUUGGCCUUUUCCUUGAUAAGAAUCCCUUGGAUAGUAUUGUGAUGUAGUUUGGAGAUUUAAGUGGAAUUGCUUGGACUGUAACAUUGUUUUCUAGGGGCCCGCUAGUUGUAUUUGUUGUUCGUAUUUGAGGGUAUGGAGUACCUUCCUGUUGAGGUGAUUGGGAACAUUUUGUCCCGUGUUGGAGCUGCGCGAGAUGUUGUGAUAGCAUCUUCUACUUGUCAGAAGUGGCGAGAGGCUUGGAGGAAUCAUCUUCAUACACUCAUGUUUAACUCGAAUGACUGGCCUGUUUAUCAUGAGCUCACAAGGAGCAGACUUGAGAUAAUUGUAACUCAGACGAUUUUCCAGACUAAUGGACUGCAUUGCCUUUCGAUCAUCAUGGAUGAUGUCGACGAGUUCUCUGCUGCUCCGGUAAUAGCUUGGCUAAUGUAUACCAGAGAAACGUUACGCCAGUUACAUUACAAUGUCAGGACUACCCCAAACAUUAAUAUACUUGAAAAAUGUGGUCGCCAGAGGCUAGAAGUGUUGGCUCUUGCACACAAUACAAUCACGGGUGUUGAACCUAGUUACCAAAAGUUCCCUUGCUUGAGGUCUCUUUCACUAAGUUAUGUUAGUAUAUCAGCUUUAGAUCUGAGUCUUUUCCUCACAGCUUGCCCGAAAGUUGAGGUCUUGAGUCUUGUUAGUAUAGACAUUGUCAUGUCUGAUCCACAGGCAAUGAUGGAGCUGACAAGUAACUCGUUGAAAGAUAUCUAUGUUGAAGCCAUUAGUUUGGAUAAAAUCAUUCUGGAAGCGGAUAGUCUUGAGAAGCUGCAUCUGAAAGAUUGUACACUUGAGGUCUUUGAGCUUGUUAGCAAGGGUUCAUUGAGUCACCUUAAGAUUGAUGAUGUUAGUGUCAUCCAUCUUGAUAUUGGCGAGAGUGCUGAAGAUCUCGAGAUUGUGGAUGUCAGUAAUUUCACAAUCAUGUGGUCCAAGUUCCAUCACAUGAUAGCAAAAUCAUCGAAGCUAAAAAGACUGAGGCUAUGGGGAGUUGUGUUCGACGAUGAGGAUGAGGCUGUGGAUAUUGAGACGAUUUCCGCUUGCUUUCCACAAUUAAGUCAUCUGUCAUUGAGCUAUGAACUAAGAGAGACAGCACUUCAUUAUGGAUCACAAGAUUCUUUUCAAUUGGGAAAUGUGGUUGUCUUGGAGCUUGGAUGGAUGGUCAUUGGUGACCUGUUCUCCCAUUGGGUAGCAGGACUACUGGAAAGGUGCCCUAACCUGAGGAAGUUGGUAAUCUAUGGAGUCGUCUCAGAAACCAAAACACACGAAGAAUGCCAUACAUUAGCCAACUUCACAUCCUUUAUUGUAAGGCUUAUGAGGAAGUAUUUGCAUGUAGAUGUUCAGUUCGAAUAUGAGUAGAUUUUGAACAA